AUCCUCCACUGUAAGCUGAUGCAAUACUGAAGAUACUGAACGAAGCGUCAGUGAGGAGAAGCCGGCAAAAAAAGCUGCUCAUUAGCACAAGAGAACGCGUUUUCACACAAUCUCCGAUUCAUAUUGUGUCUAUAGAUAACUAGUAUGCCAGUUGUCAGAGUCCUGAGUAAGGUGGUGAAGCAGGCCCUGCUGGCCCCUGCGUGUGGAUGCCAACCUCUGGCUGUGGCGGUACGCAACAUCAGCUUUUCCCCUCGUCAGGUCACCUCUGGAUCUGAUGCCAGCUUUCACUCUGUGUCCUUCUCGGAGACUGCCCACCCCAAAGUUCUUAUCACUGGUGGCCUUGGGCAACUAGGGGUUGGGCUUGCUAAACUUCUGAGGAAGCGAUUUGGAAAAAACAAUGUGAUCCUCUCCGACAUCAGAAAGCCACCAAGCAAUGUCUUUCACAGCGGCCCCUUUAUCUACUCUGACAUUCUGGACUACAAGAACUUGCGAGAGAUUGUGGUAAAUAACAGGAUCACUUGGUUGGUGCAUUACAGCGCCCUUCUGAGUGCUGUCGGGGAAGCUAACGUUCCACUGGCUCGAGCAGUCAACAUCACAGGCCUACACAACAUCCUAGACAUUGCUGCAGAACAUGGGCUUCGGCUCUUUGUCCCCAGCACCAUUGGUGCCUUUGGACCAACUUCACCUCGGAAUCCCACUCCAGACCUCUGCGUGCAGAGACCACGAACGAUUUACGGUGUCUCCAAAGUCCAUGCUGAGCUAAUGGGGGAGUACUAUCACCACCGCUACGGCCUUGACUUUCGCUGCCUGCGGUACCCUGGCAUCAUCUCCGCAGACUCUCAGCCCGGCGGUGGCACAACAGACUACGCCGUGCAGAUUUUCCAUGACGCCGUCAAGAGCGGCAAGUUUGAGUGCAACCUAAAGCCAGACACACAGCUACCCAUGAUGUACAUCGAUGAUUGUCUGCGGGCCACGCUGGAGGUGAUGGAGGCCCCUGCAGAAACACUCAGUAUGCGUACCUACAACAUCAACGCCAUGAGCUUCACUCCCGAGGAACUCGCCGUGGAGGUCCAAAAACAGCUGCCUGACCUGCAGGUCACAUAUAAUAUCGACCACGUGCGACAGGCCAUAGCUGACAGCUGGCCCAUGAAUUUUGACGACAUCAAUGCCCGCAACGACUGGGGUUGGAAGCACGACUACGACCUGCCAGAGCUGGUCCAAACGAUGUUCAACUUCAUCGGUUCAGACUCUCGAAUCGCCCAAGCCAGCUGAGUUUGAUGUUGGACACUGAAAAAUUGUACAUAUCACAAAGAUUGAUAGCUACAGAGAAGAGAGAUCCAUGAGAUGUAAAUAGUUAUUUGCCUUUUGGGCUAGCACAUGAUAGCGUAUAGUUGUAGAUUAUCCAAAAGGGUUGGGUCUCUCUUUUUCUUGGUCACGUCAGAAUACCCUCCACGGGGGCUUUUAUCAGUGAUCCACAGAUCUCUCAAAAGUUGACUGGUGAAAAAGAUCAAACCUACGUGAUCCUUUUGUACUCUACAUUUAGUGAUAGAGGGAUCAUUUUGCCUGUCUUAAGGCAAAACAAACCAAAAUCCCAAAAUGAAUGUGGCAGCUCUUAAACUUGUUCCCAAGCUCUAUUCUGAUAUAAAGAUUUUCUAGGUUCUUUUUUUCUGUUCAAGAGAAAUUGCUUUACUGUACCAUUUCUGAGGAGCGCAGUGUUGAUAUAAGGCAAGAGGUUAAUGGUCAUGUUCCUGAUGGGUUUAUGAUGAGUAGUUGAAAUAAGUUACAGUGAAAUAACUUGAGUUAAAACUUAAAAGUGUAUUCACAUUCUAAAGUAAAUGGUCAAAUACAUUCUUGAUUAAACAGGAUCGUGGGACCUAAAUGUGUACAGUAGGUCCUCUGGGAAGUAAAAGGGUGGUCUUGAUAAAUGAAGUGAUCAAUAUCAGUCUGCUCACAAGCAAAUAAAAUAAACUCCAGCAAUAGUCAGUCUUGCUCUGCAUUAUUGCAGUAUACGUCAACAAGAUCACGUUUUGUCAAAUGCAGGUUUUUUGCGUUUGCCCAUAAACUUGCCCACAGUGAAUAUAUUAUCCCGUGUGAAGGGGAAAGUGGGAAAACUUUAAAUUAUUAUUUUUUUAAUUAAGCUUUGCAUCCACAUCUUUUGUUCUUCUGAUCACAAAACUUGUGUCAAUAAAGCUUUUUUAUUUCAAUUAU